AUGACCGGCGUGCUGUCGGAUCGGCAGCGGGACGAACUGCACCGGUCAUUGCUUGAGUAUCUGCACGCAAGCGAGUUCAGUGAUACGUACGACGCGCUGAAGCGCGAUGCGGGACUCGAUGCGUACGCACCGGAUCCGAAAAGUCGGUAUGCGGGCCUGCUCGAAAAAAAAUGGCUAAGCACGAUCCGCCUGCAGAAAAAGAAUAUGGAGCUGGAAAAUAAGGUGCGCGCACUUGAGAAAGAGCUUGAUACGACGCCCAAUGCGCGGCGCGGCGCAUUCGUCGCGUCCUGGCACCCAAGCACGCCGCGGCAUACGUUGCUGGGCCACCGACAACCGAUAACUGACGCGGCGUUUCAUCCACGAUUUAGUAUGCUUGCGACGGCGAGCGAGGACAUGACGAUAAAAAUUUGGGACUGGGAAACAGGAGAGCUGGAGCAGACGCUCAAAGGGCAUACAAAGCCCGUGCAGAGCAUCGCGUUCGACUACGGCGGCAAGUACCUUGUGUCGUGCUCUUCAGACCUUGCUAUUAAGAUAUGGGAUAUUACAGAAGGGUGGAAGAAUGUGCGUACGAUGCAUGGGCACGAGCACAGCGUGUCGAGCGCUUGCUUCUUGCCUGGCGACCAGCACAUUAUUUCCGCCAGCAGGGAUCGUACCCUGAAGCUAUGGGAAACGGCCACUGGCUUUUGUACACGUACACUGCGUGGGCAUAGUGACUGGGUCCGCGCGGUGACCGUGUCUAGCGACGCGCGUCUGUUUGCAAGCGCUUCAAGCGAUCGCACGGUGCGUAUUUGGGAUGCAGGUACAGGCGAGAUGCGCAAUGAGCUGCGUGGUCAUGAGCAUGUUGUGGAAUGCGUUAUGUUUGCACCUGCUACGGCAUAUGCCGCGCUGUGUGCCUUGGGCGGUAUCCGUGCGCCGCGCGACGAAAGCGCCGCGCAUUCGGGCCAAUUUCUAGCCAGCGGAUCGCGCGACAAGACAAUCCGAUUAUGGACACAGCAAGGACAAUGUAUUCGUGUCUUGGCUGGGCACGAUAACUGGGUGCGCGCGCUCGCAUUCUCCCCGAACGGCAAGUAUCUUCUCUCGGUGAGCGACGAUAAAACCAUGCGCGUGUGGGAUCUCGCGUCGGGUCGAUGCAUCAAGGCGAUCGACGCACACAAUCAUUUCUGUACUUCGCUCGCAUGGGGCCGGAGCUGGGUGGAAGAUAAUCAAGUAGGGCGCCCCGUCAACGUCGUGGCCACCGGCUCGGUCGACUUGGGCGUCAAAGUGUGGGCGCCGUAA